AUGGCCGUCUCAAUGCUACAUACACCCUCGCGCGCCUCCAGCUCAUCCGCCUCUUCAUACGUGCCCGUCACCCGCCAGAAUACCAUGAGCUCUCAGGAGGGCUCGCGCUCCAUGCGCGCCUCAAAGCGGUACUCCGUCACGGCCCUGUACCUGUCGAUGAAUGCCAACCAGCGGGACCUGGAGAUUGAGGACGACCUAGCAAGAGCUCAAAAAGCACUGCGAGAACUCAAGGCCAAGAUAUCGUCUCAGUCUAAGAAGAACUUCGUGCUUGAGAAGGAUGUUCGAUAUCUCGACUCCCGAAUAGCACUGCUGGUCCAGAACCGUAUGGCACUGGAGGAGAAGGAAGAAGUCGCAAGCCACCUGGACGACUCCCUCGACCUCACAGAAGGCUCGUUCCCGAACGAUGAGAAGACGCAGAAAUAUGGCAACCUGUUGUUCCUGCUACAGAGCGAACCUCGACACAUCGCCCACCUAUGUCGUCUAGUCACAAUGGCCGAGAUCGAUCAGCUCCUCCAGACGGUCAUGUUCACAAUCUAUGGUAACCAAUACGAAAGCCGAGAAGAACAUCUUCUCUUGACUAUGUUCCAGUCCGUCCUUACCUUUCAGUUCGACAAUACACCAGACUAUUCCUCAUUACUACGAGCCAACACUCCAGUAUCGCGCAUGAUGACCACAUAUACACGACGAGGGCCAGGGCAAAGUUACCUGAAGACUGUCCUUGCAGAACGCAUCAACUCUUUGAUCGAGAUCAAGGAUCUUGAUCUGGAAAUCAACCCGCUCAAGGUCUACGAGAGCAUGAUCGGCAAGAUUGAAGCAGAUGGCGGAACGCUACCGGCGAAUCUGCCAAAAGGCAUCACAGCCGAGCAAGCAGCCGCGAACGAAAACGUGCAAAGGAUCAUCGCACCACGAAUAGACAUGCUGAUAGAGAUUGCGACAUCUUUCCUGGACACGAUCAUCGAAGGUCUGGAAGAAACGCCGUAUGGUAUUCGAUGGAUAUGCAAGCAGAUUCGGAGCUUGACACGAAGAAAGUAUCCCGAUGCACAGGAACAGACAAUCUGUACUCUGAUUGGAGGCUUCUUCUUCCUUCGGUUCAUCAACCCGGCCAUUGUUACACCCAGGUCAUACAUGCUCAUCGAACAGACACCCGCCGAGAACCCGAAACGCACGCUCACUUACGUUGCAAAGAUGCUUCAGAACCUGGCCAACAAGCCAAGCUACGCAAAGGAGCCAUACAUGCAGAAACUACAGCCAUUCAUCCAGCACAACAAAGAGCGCAUCAACAAAUUCAUGAUGGAUUUGUGCGAGGUGCAGGACUUUUAUGAGACGCUGGAGAUGGACAACUAUGUUGCACUAUCCAAGAAAGAUCUCGAACUCUCCAUUACUCUCAAUGAGGUAUAUGCCAUGCACUCUCUCCUGGACCGACAUAACAAGGAACUGGUCAAGGAUGAAAGCUCACAUCUGAACCAAUUGUUAGGUGAGCUGGGACCAGCUCCUGCACAAUUGCCCAGGAAGGAGAACAGAGCGAUCAACUUGCCGCUCUACAGCAAAUGGGAGACAUCGCUGGAUGACUUCACUGCAGCCCUCGACAUCACUCAGGAGGAGGUGUACUUCAUGGAAGGCAAGUCCACAUUCGUGAUGAUCAUGCGGUCCUUGCCAGCGGGAUCCAUGGUCAUGCGCAGGCCAUUGAAGCUGGAUCGCAUUGCUGAAGCAGCAGCUACGACCAAGAACGACUCCGUGAUGGUUCGCAAGGGCAUCCGCGCGAUGGAACUUCUCAACCAAUUGCAGGAGCUCGGCGUCAUCGACAAAGAUGACAGUUAUGCAAUGCUUAGGGAUGAAGUCGAGCAGGAGCUGGUUCAUCUCGGCUCACUGAAGGAGAAGGUCAUCGCAGAGACGUCGAAGCUCGAUGAAGUAUUCCGGACCAUACGGGACCACAACGCAUAUCUGGUUGGCCAAUUGGAGACAUACAAGAGCUACCUACACAAUGUUCGAGGCCAGUCCGAGGGGACAUCGAAGCGCAACCAGACCACCAAAGUCCUUGGACCAUACAAAUUCACACAUCAAGAACUCGAAAAACAGGGAGUGAUACAGAAGAGCAACGUACCCGAAAACAGACGAGCGAACAUUUAUUUCAAUAUCACCAGUCCCAGCCCUGGCACAUUUGUCAUCAGUCUGCACUACAAAGGUCGUAAUCGCGGUCUUCUGGAGCUUGACCUCAAGCUCGACGACCUACUGGAGAUGCAGAAGGAGCAACAAGAAGACCUGGACCUGGAAUACGUUCAGUUCAACGUAUCGAAGGUUCUGCAGCUGCUCAACAGGCGCUUCGCCCGUAAGCGCACCUGA